AUGAUUGUGGAUGCCCUUCUGAAGAAUAGCACUACCUCUUUCAGGGAGUGCAUUAUCCAAGUCUUUUCACUUCAUUUCUUUGGCUGCCUGGCAAUCUUGAUCCUUAUGCUGGUGGCCGUUGACUGCUAUGUGGCCAUCUGUAAACCCCUGCACUACAUGAGCAUCAUGAACUGGUGUAUCUGCAGUGUGUUGGUGGCUGUAGCCUGGGUAGGGGCUUAUGUGCAUUCUUCAGUUCAGAUUUUUCUGACAUUGAGUUCGGCUUUCUGUGGUCCCAAUGUGAUUGAUCACUAUUUAUGUGACUUGCAGCCCUUUUUGAAACUUGCCUGUACAGACACCUAUAUGACCAACCUGCUACUGGUGUCCAAUAGUGGGGCCAUUUGUAUAGUGAGUUUUGUAUUGCUGGUGUUCUCCUAUGUUGUCAUUUUGUAUUCUCUGAGAAACCACAGUGCUGAAGGAAGGAAAAAGGCUCUUUCCACCUGCAUCUCCCAUAUCAUUGUAGUCAUUUUGUUCUUUGUUCCUUGUAUAUUUAUAUACACACGCCCCGCAACCACCUUCCCCAUGGAUAAAAUGAUAACUGUGUUUUACACAUUUGCAACACCUUUGCUUAACCCUCUGAUUUAUACACUGAGAAAUGCUGAGGUGAAAAAUGCCAUGAGGAAGCUGAGGAGCAAGAAACUGAUUUCAGAAGACCAAAGAUAA